UUUAUAAUCGCAGCUGGCAGCAAGUAGGUAUAAUGUGGAGCGAUUUGAGCGAGAAGGUUAUAUUGGUGACCGGCGCCGGAGCCGGAAUUGGCCAUGCGCUGGUCAGCCAGUUGGUCAGUGCGAAUGCCAAGGUCAUUGCGGUGGUGCGGAGCGAGGCGCAGGCGCAGCAACUGCUGGCCAUCGAUAAGGAGCGUAUUCAGGUGGUGCUGGUGGACCUGAAGCAUUGGCAGGCGGUGCGCGAAACAUUGAAGGGGCUGCCUAAGCUGGACGGACUGGUUAACAAUGCGGGCGUGGCCAUCAUCAAGCCAUUUGAGCAGCUCACCGAGCAGGACUUUGAUGCUCAGUUCGAUGUGAACAUCAAGGCUGUCUUCAAUGUGACGCAGGCUGUGCUGCCGCUGUUGCGUGAUGGUGCCUCCAUAGUGAACGUUAGCUCCAUUGCAGCGACGCGCUCCUUUGCCGGACAUACCGCCUACAGCGCCACUAAGGCGGCCCUCGACUCACUCACCCAGUCGCUGGCCCUGGAGCUCGGUCCACGCAAGAUACGCGUCAAUGCCGUCAAUCCCACGGUGGUGCUGACCAAAAUGGGCGCCGACAAUUGGAGUGAUCCGGCAAAGAGUGGCCCGCUGCUGGCCCACAUCCCCCUAAGACGCUUCUGUGAGGUGCAGGAGGUGGUCGAUGGCAUCGGCUAUUUGCUCAGCAACAAGUCGAGCUUCGUAAAUGGCCAUCACCUAAAUCUGGAGGGCGGCUAUGCGGUUUCCUAAGCAGGCAUCCGAAACGUCACACUCAAGAUUUCAGAAAUCAAAUCAAAUUAAUUCUUUUUAGCUUUUCGAAUAAAUACGUUUCGUAUAAGCAAACCAUAAUACAAGUA